AUGACCGUGGUUGAGAAGAGCGCCAGUGGGCGCGAGUACAAGGUCAAGGACAUGAGCCAGGCCGACUUCGGCCGCCUCGAGAUCGAGAUGGCGGAGGCGGAGAUGCCCGGCCUGAUGGCCUGCCGCGCCGAGUUUGGAGCCAAGCAGCCCUUCAAGGGCGCCAAGAUUGCCGGCUCCCUGCACAUGACCAUCCAGACCGCGGUGCUGAUCGAGACGCUGACCGCGCUGGGCGCGGAGGUGCGCUGGUGCUCCUGCAAUAUCUUCUCCACGCAGGACCACGCCGCCGCCGCCGUGGCGCGCGACUCCGCCGCCUGCUUCGCCUGGAAGGGCGAGACGCUGGAGGAGUACUGGUGGUGCACCGAGCAGGCCCUGAGCUGGCCCGGCAGCGACGGCGCUGACCUGCUGGUGGACGACGGCGGCGACGCCACUCUGCUCAUCCACGAGGGCGUGAAGGCUGAGGAGGCGUUUGAGAAGGACGGCUCCAAGCCCGACCCCGCCUCCACCGACAACCCCGAGUUCCAGAUUGUGCUGCGCAUCAUCCGCGACGGCCUGGAGAAGGACCCCAAGAAGUGGCGCAAGAUGGCCGCCAAGCUGGUGGGCGUGAGCGAGGAGACGACAACGGGCGUGAAGCGGCUGUACGAGAUGACCGCCUCGGGCACCCUGCUCUUCCCCGCCAUCAACGUCAACGACUCGGUCACCAAGUCCAAGUUUGACAACGUGUACGGCUGCCGCCACUCGCUGCCCGACGGCAUCAUGCGCGCCACCGACGUCAUGCUUGCGGGCAAGACCGCCUUCAUCGCCGGCUACGGCGAUGUGGGCAAGGGCUGCGCGUCCGCCAUGAAGGCCGCCGGCGCGCGCACCAUCGUGUCGGAGAUCGACCCCAUCUGCGCGCUGCAGGCCGCCAUGGAGGGGUACCAGGUGGCCCCCAUGGACGACGUGGUGUCCACCGCCGACAUCUUCAUCACCACCACCGGCAACAAGGACAUCAUCAUGGCCAGCGACAUGGCCAAGAUGAAGAACAACGCGAUUGUGGGCAACAUCGGGCACUUCGACAACGAGAUCGACAUGGCCGGCCUGAUGGCCAUCCCCGGCAUGAAGCGCCAGAACAUCAAGCCCCAGGUGGACCGCUUCAUCUUCCCCGACGGCCACGGCGUCAUCGUGCUGGCCGAGGGGCGCCUGCUCAACCUGGGCUGCGCCACCGGCCACCCCUCCUUCGUCAUGUCCUGCUCCUUCACCAACCAGGUCAUCGCGCAGCUGGAGCUGUGGAACGAGCGGGCCAGCGGCAAGUACGAGAAGAAGGUGUAUGUGCUGCCCAAGCACCUGGACGAGAAGGUCGCCGCGCUGCACCUCAACAAGCUGGGGGCCAAGCUCACCAAGCUGACCCCCGACCAGGCCACCUACAUCAACGUGCCCAUCGAGGGCCCGUACAAGCCGCCGCACUACAGGUACUGAGCGGAGGCUGCACCCUCGUGCUGCUUGGUCGUCUGCAACAGAUGUGGGCCUACACCGAUGCCCUCAGCCUGCUGCAUCUGCGGCGUCCCUGCCUUCCUCCGCGCCCUGCGCAAGGAGGCGGGCCGCACUGCCGCAGCGGCAGGCCCGGCGGCCACUCGCCACAUCGGCGCCCAUAGCUCUUCCCCUUCUGCCACUUUAUUCUUCCUCCCUUCCAUUUCUUUCCUCUAGAUCCUCUCCCCUGCUGCCCUCUGCCUCUCCCGUGCAGCAGCUGCCGCAUAUUAACAGGUGGGAACGGAGACGGAAUGAGCGCACUGCCGCCUUUUGAUUGUCGCUUGUUGCACCACCCCCAAUGUAACCCAAUCAUCAGC